GGUCCGGUUAGCGCAGACUGCGACACAGGAAGUUCCGCAUUACGACUGCGGAUGAAGUGUUGCAGGAAGGAGGGCUAACGCUAAUGUUUGCUAACUAAUUAGCAAAGUAGUCUGAAUCAUGGAGCAGUGUGCAUGUGUAGAGCGGGAGCUGGAGAAAGUGCUCCAUCGCUUUGUUAUGUACGGCCACCAGUCUGAGGAGAGGCUAGACGAACUUCUGCGCAGCGUCUGUGAGAUUCGUGGACAGCUAGUUGCUUUUGGAGUACAAGAUGCAGACUUAUCAGUCCUGUCUCAAACUAUGGCCCAGUGUUGUAAGAAUAUCAAAGAAACAGUUCAGAUGCUUGCUUCUCGACAUAAAGACAUCCAUGGCAGUGUGUCAAAAGUGGGCAAAGCCAUUGACCGGAACUUKGACGCAGAGAUCAGUGCUGUGGUGGCAGAAACAGUGUGGGACACACCAGAGAGACAGAAAUACCUGAGUGAAUCCAUUGUGGAGCACUUGUACAGGCAAGGAAUGCUUAGUGUGGCAGAGGACCUUUGUCAGGAGUCUGGUGUAGUGAUUGAUAUGAGUAUGAAGCAACCUUUCCUUGAACUAAACAGGAUUCUUGAAGCUCUGAGGAUGCAAGAUCUCAGACCGGCUUUAGAGUGGGCCGUCACAAAUCGCCAGCGCCUCCUGGAGCUGAACAGCAGUUUAGAGUUCAAGUUGCACCGUUUGUACUUUAUAAGUCUCCUUGGCGGUGGGAUCAGCAACCAAAUGGAGGCCCUGCAAUAUGCCAGGCACUUCCAGCCCUUCGCCUCUCAGCACCAGAGAGAUAUCCAGAUCUUAAUGGGCAGCCUGGUUUAUCUACGUCACGGCAUAGAGAACUCCCCAUAUCGCAGUUUGCUGGAGACAAAUCAGUGGGCUGAGAUCUGCAACAUCUUCACCAGGGACGCCUGUGCUUUGCUGGGCCUCUCUGUGGAGUCUCCGCUAAGUGUUAGUUUUGCGUCAGGCUGCAUGGCCCUGCCCGUGCUAAUGAACAUCAAACAGGUGAUCGAGCAGAGACAGUGCAGUGGUGUCUGGACACACAAAGACGAGCUGCCUAUUGAAAUCGACCUCGGCAAGAAGUGCUGGUACCACUCUGUGUUCGCCUGCCCCAUUCUUCGGCAGCAGACCUCAGAGAGCAACCCUCCCAUGAAGCUCAUCUGUGGCCACGUCAUCUCCAGAGACGCACUCAACAAGCUCACCAACGCUGGGAAGUUGAAAUGCCCCUACUGCCCCAUGGAGCAGAACCCGUCUCACGCCAAGCAGAUCUACUUUUGAUACCACACCGCGUUGUUAAGGAUGAAUUUACCUGGAGCUGGGUGGAUUUUCCAGGAUCCUGUCGCUCCGGCCCCCUGUCCUCUUAUCCUUGGCCUCUUGGCCUGUUUAUUGUAAGCAUUAAGGUUUCGCCCCCAGUGUUCCUCUGGACAGCCUUGGCCAUCUGGAAACCCACCAACUUUGCAUAAAAUACAAAGUCCAGCGAGGUUUUGGUUGAACCUGUAGUAGAGUGAAGAGUCUGUCAGGUCAUCCUUGUGAAGAGCCUCUGAGAAAAGUUCAUUCGUUGAAAUUUAUUUGCAAAUGCCUGCAGAGAUAUAGGCAAAUCUUAUUAAAGGUAAUACUUUCAGCAGACUUUGGGGGCUUUAUUGACUGUUUGAAUUGGAUGACUGCUUUUUUGUGUUUGAAUAAAUGGAAUAGAUGUAGUCGGACUCUGCUUUCACAGUGUUAAUGAGCUGACGUUACGAGAUAAUCCCUUGAAAACUACUUUGUUCUGGUGAAGGGAAGUCAAAGUGCAGAGGUCUAUCUUUAUUUGAGCUUUAGAUUGUGACCCGUUUCCUCUCUCUGAUGAUCUCCAAGCCCCACGUAGCUCCAGAGCUGCUGUUUGAUCAGUAGAACAAUGAAUUAAUCAAUGGUGGAGCAGCUUUCUUUACUUUUUUAUUAGAUUUUUUUCCUGUGAUUGAAUGCACCAGCAAGAUUCUCCUCAUCAUUCAAGCCAUUUGUCUUGUUUUGUGUGUAUUUAAUAAAAAGUAUACAGCGUACUACUGCGAAAAACCUGUUCCGUUCCUCCUUUUUCUUUUCUUUUUUCAUUACAACCAUCCCCYUGUAAAAUAGUUAACUGCAUAGCAUCAGCUGUAAUCGACACUACUGCAUAACRUGAACAUGUAAUGACUCAAAGAUCGGCCCCACACUUGUGCCAUCGUUUCAGUUUGUGUACCCUGAGCUAGCACGCCAUGUGAACCGGAGACGUAACUCGGUGUGACGGUAGCCUUAUAGUGUGACUUGCAGUGACUGUGAAGUUUUUCCUCGUGGACGGGUCAGUCUUSUGAUCGUUGUGGCUGAUGUUUCAUGCAGUUCUCUGGUUUGGGGUUUAGUGACAAUUAAACUCAACACAUUUCCUCAGGGUUCAUGGUAAACACAACACAACGCUUUGCAUCUGAUUUAAAGCUGUACAUAUAUAUAAGGAACAGAUAUUUCACAUUGCAUAUUUUGCUACUGAGGCUAGCAGUGGUGGGAGUURCCUGGAGUUUGUAUAUAUUAUUCAGUUUUCCACAUGGGCGGACAGUUUGGAGGUGGUGUUGAAAGCAGUCAAUGCGCGGUCGAUCUGAUCGUGAAGGUUCCUCCUGUGCCGAUUAUCCUCAGAAGGCAACAAUAAACUCAGAUUUAAGCUAAAGAUUUYAACUUGUUUUUCUAUUAAAUGCCUUCAGCUACUUGUUUUUGUCUGGAGUUUCACUGAAUUUCCCCCUUUUUGUUGUUUUUCCUUCACUUUUUGGUUGACAAUCAUUCACUGAUUCUUUAAGUGUCCCUUCAGGUAGACUGCAAGCGCUUUGAACUCCUGUCCUCUGCAUUUUAGCUACAUGUUUGCUUUUCCUGGUUUUGUGUGUUACACAACAUUUAUUGUAAAUAUUUAUCCUCUAACAUGUUUCAUAUACUUGCAUCUGAUAUUAAAACAAUAAAAAAUUACUCUGA